UUUCAUGCACAGUUAAUUGAAUAGAGUAAUAAUAGUGAUCAAUUGCUUCCCUUUGAAGCUUAAGUUGCCGGCCGAUAACUCACGGCGACUUGUGCUUGAGUAGUACUUAAUGAAGGUUCAGAAAGAUCCGAUACUUCACGAUCAAUUAAAAGUUAGGCUAUACAUAGUUCAGAAUGACAUACAUCACGUAUAGAUAUCAAUUGUAGACGGCCGUUCUGAUCUACAAUAGCAACUAAUAUGUUAAAAGCAAGAAGAAAAACGAGGCGUAGCUGACGAAGUGCUCACGUUCAUGGGUGCAUCUGUACUUUUAUCACACGCGAAUGGUUGGGUUGGUCAAUAACACUCAAUUGAGUGCGGCUUCGCACGAUGGAAGCGAAGGUAUGGAAAGAUCCGCGAUCGCGCUCCAAACAGUCGUACAGAUUACGAACUUUACUCCCAGCUUCCGUACACUAGCGCAUCGGUCGUAACUCCCCACCCUAACCGGUGCACGAUCAUCUAGUUGAGUGGCUUGUUGCUCCGGAUCCGAGUGGUUGAAAUAUUUAUUUCCCGCAGCACCACAUCAUCCUUCACUGCGAGAUCGCCCGUGCCCUGCCGAGCUCAUAUCAGUUUAUUGUUACGAUUAGCGGCGCGUCGUCUUUCGGAGCGCAAGCAGUUCUGGACUCCGAGGAUCACGACCUUUUGCAACGAAAUCGAACAGCGACGUAUAAAAGCCAAUACGGGUUGCGAUUAAUUCAUUGUGCGUUGACGGUUACGGUGUGUUCGAGUGGUUUGCGAGCGUGUUGUGAAGUGUUAUUCGUUGUUAUGAACAUGUUAACCGCAAAAAUGUUAUGUUUUGCAUUGCUAGUGGUGUUCGCUGGCACAGCAAUGGCGGAUGUGUCGAACCAAAUCGACGUUGACGCUAUUCGAGACCGUCUACCGGAAAAUCUUCCGAUCCCGUCCAUGGAAGAGGUGGAAAAGAUGCUGCAGGACAAGUGUAACACUGCUGGGGCGCCUGCCGAUGCAUACAAUAAUGCGAAGGAAGCGACAAAAACUUUUGUCGAGUGUGGAAAGGGACUAAUUGAUAUAGAGCAGUUCCAGCAGGAAGUGGAAGCCGCCAAACCGACCGGGGAUCUGGACACGGUCUUCAACAAGUACUGUCGCAAACGGUCCACGUUGAUCGAGUGCGUGAACACGUUCGCCAACGCAGUAGAUCCAUGUCUGGAGGCAGAAGAGAAGGUGUUCAAGACGUCUGGGUUGGAUAUCUUUAAGAACCUGCUGAACUUUGUGUGCCACAAGGAUGGUGACCAAAUUGCACUGUUUAUCGCGGAACAGGGACCCGAAUGUUUCCUGGAGCAGAAGAAUGACUUGAUUGCGUGCGUCAAUGAAACAUUAUCCGGCUAUGUCCCGGACACUAGUCUGACCACCAUCCCGAAGCUAGUCAUAGGACCAAAGCAAUGCGAGGACUUUACCAAGCUGCAAACAUGUAUGGUUCGGGAGCUGGAGCAGUGUAAUGAAUCGACACCGGCCAACCUAGUCGAAUCGUUGUUCCGAUACGUCCGCAAGGGAUCACCGUGUGCGAACAAUGCGGGCCGUUAACAAAGCAGUGGUCCUGUGGGACACAACUCACAUACGUAGGAAACGUUUCGAGCUUUUUCUCUGCUGUUAUUAAAUAAACUAUAGCACUCAAACGCGAUGAAA